AUGAACGGCGCUCACGCUUCUGAGGACGCGAUCGCAGUCGUCGACCGCAAGAACCAGCCAUCCGCCGACACCAAGACAGACGCCAACAUCGUCGCCAUUCCCACGCUGGACAAUGUCGAGCGAGCCAUCACGCCCACGUCCGGCGUCGCGACACCCGGCUUCGACCCCGCAACCGCACUUCUCUACCCCACCGUCUCGCCCGACCACACCCCGCCAAAAUCGCAAAGCGCCAUCGUGCUGAUGCUCAACUUCCUUCUCAACGUCACAUUCUUCAUCAUCGUCCCCACCUCGGCUGGGUACGCUAACGAUCUCGGUGCCUCGACGUGGUUCUCGGGUCUCACCGUCGGCAUCAGCGUCGUGGUCUCCGGACUGCUGCUCGUCCCCUUCUCGACGCGCUACAACCGAGUCUACCGCUUUCCCAUCCUGUUCGGUGCCGUGUGCAUCAUGCUCGGCGAGGUGGUGUACGCGCUGGCGGGUGUAGCGGAUACGGCGUGGUUGAUGUUCCUCGGUCGAAUCAUCAUCGGUGCCGGCUUUGUGUCGUGGCGAUAUGUCAAGUCGUACUUUACGGAUGCGGCGGUGGUGGGGACGUCGAAACGGACCAUGAUGGCCGCGUGUUUGGUGACGACACAGCUGGGAGGGAUGGCCGUGGGACCGUGGAUCGGAGGCAUCCUGUCGAAAAACGUACGACCCAUGACGGACGAGCAUCGGCUGUGGAAUGGAUACACCGCGUCGGGCUGGGUCAUGGUCGGCGUCUUUGCGGUGUUCUUCGCGGCUGUGUGGUUCGUCUUCCGUGAUCCAGUUCAAGAAGCGACCCCAAUCGAGCUCGCAGCGCUAUCUGGCUCCAGGCCGGGAUCCAAGGAAGCCGCCGAGGCAUCACAAGAGCCCACACUCCGAAGCAUGUUCCGCGAGCUCAAUGCGACGCAAAAGUUCUCGGUCCUGACCAUGUGCUGGUUCAGCAUGGUCAACUUCCUCGUGCUCGGUGCGUGGGAGGUCAACAUUCCCGUCUUUGGUCAUCUGCGCUUUGGCUGGUCCGAGUACAAUGCCGGUAACGUGAUCGCUUUGGGUGGGCUAGCGACGAUGCCGAUCCUCUUUGCGCUCGUGUUCGCGGCCAAGUACCUGCAAGACCGCCUCAUCCUAGCUGCUGGAACGCUCUUUGGUCUGCUCGGGCUGUCGCUGCACAUGGGUGCGCUCGAAAGCCCCGCCAAAUCAGCAGUGAGCCGACUGGCCACGCUCGAGUCGGUCAACUUCGGAUCGUUCUUCACGAGUUGGUUCCUCAUCGCCCUGGGGUACAACAUGUUGACGACCAUCACACUCUCGUUGCUCUCCAAGCAGCUGCCGGCCAAGUACAACGGGUUGACAUCGACCAUCAUUCAGCUGAGCAACAAUGUCGGGCGUAUCUCGGGCGCGCUAUGGGGCGCAACGAUCUACCAGGUGGGGCAGUUCAGCAUCGUCUCGCUCGAGCUGGCGGUGACGCUGAUCGGGACGUGCCUCAUCGGGUUGCUGUGGCGAAAGAUGGAUGUUGGGAGUGGCUGA